AUGGACUAUCUCAUUACAGAGGGUUACCCGUCAGCUGCUGAGAAGUUUGCUGCCGAGGCGAAUAUUCAGCCCAUGGCAGAUUUUUCUUUUAUCCAGGAGCGCGUCCAGAUACGAGACUCCAUAUAUCGUGGGGACCUGCAGGCAGCUAUCGAACUCAUAAAUGAGCUCAACCCCGAACUACUGGACCUGGACAAGAAACUCCAUUUUUCUCUUUUACGCCUCCAGCUCGUCGAACUCAUUCGUCAAAGUUUCACCUCUUCGGACCCAAGUCUUGUAGGGAAGGCGAUUGAGUUUGCUCAAAACCAUCUCGCCCCAUACGCUCCUCUGGACGCACAAUUUAAAAUCGACCUCGAGCGAGCCAUGGCUCUCUUGAUCGUCCCGAAGGAGUCCUGGACCCACGCAGCGUCGUCAGGGUCCUCCGGGCCAUCAACAUCACAGGCUCAUGACGAUUUUGGAGCUCUGGCCGAGCUCGUAGACCCCUCAUUGCGACGCAAGGUUGCCAAAGACGUAAAUGAAGCCAUCCUUCAAUCUCAAGACCAGAGAAGAGAGGCCAACAUUCGUUAUCUCGUCAGAGCUCGCUCCUGGGCCGAACAACUCGCUCGUGAAAAGAAAGUUGAUCUACCCGAGCAUCUCAGCCUCGGUCUCGACGGCGAUCAGAUAGCAAAAGACAGUCAAAACGGACAUGGUGGAGACACCGAGAUGACAGAAAAUGGCGCCGAGGAUAACGGCAUGAGUGCCGACGCCGAUUUAGCACGAUAUACCAACAUUAAUACCUGA